AUGCCGGCACAACUCAACGGGUCCGUUACGGGCGCCCUUCCCAUCCAUAUCGCGACCGACCAGACAAACGGCUUCCACAAGCAACAUAAGCAUUCGCGAUCCUCCUACUCCGAGUCGUCCCCUCUGGCCAACUCGAGGAACAACUCCUUGACCUUCCGCCCUACCAAGAGAUUCAUGUCUACGCCAAAGACCAUUGCCGUUAUAAACGCCAGCGGCCGCCAAGCUGCGUCGCUGAUUCGCGUGGCCACGGCCGUUGGUUACCACGUUCGUGCGCAGCUGCGGAAUCUCGAAGGAGUUGUCGCUACCGAAGUGUCCACCAACCCCAACGUCACGGUCUUUGUCGGCGAGCUCUACACGAGGCACCAGCCAACCAAGGAGAACAAGGAUGUAACUCAGAAUGGCCCCAUGCCCGGCGUCGGCGUCAACCACGAUCUGAUCGACAAUCUCUUCCGCAACGCACAGCUCGCCUUCAUCAACACCACUUUUUACGGGGAUGAGCUGCAGAUCGGCAAGGCUCUGGCCGAUGCCGCGAAAAAGGCCAACAUCCAACACUACAUCUACUCCUCCAUGCCCGACCACGCAGCAUACCACACCGGGUGGCCGUCGUUGCCCCUAUGGGCCGCUAAGCACAAGGUUGAAGAGUAUGUGAGGGAGCUGGGCCUGCCCGCCACCUUUGUCUACACCGGCAUCUACAACAACAACUUCACCUCGCUGCUUUACCCGUUGUUCUGCAUGGAGCUGCAGCCGGAUGGCUCUUUCACAUGGCAGGCCCCGUUCCACGAAGACGCCAAGCUCCCCUGGUUGGAUGCUGAACAUGACGUUGGGCCUGCCGUUAUACAACUUUUCAAGGACGGCGUAUCCAAGUGGCAAGGGGAGCGCAUCGCUUUGGCGUACGAAUACCUGACCCCGGUGGAGGCUUGCAAGCUCUUUGCCCGCGGAGUCGGCCGUCCUGUCCGCUAUAUCAGAGGACCUAUCGAGAUCAAGGUUCGCAUACCUACGGGAUAUCGACAACAGCUCGAGGCUCUGGAGAAGCUCUUUGAUCCCAACGAGAAGGACCCUGCGAAGCAGCCCCCCUACUUUGGCGACCCAAAGCUGGAAGCCAGCUGCCCGCGGGAGGCGCUUGAGUUGUGGGAGGGCCCCCGAGGACUGGAAGAGUACGCGAGAGAAAUGUUCCCACUGGAGGAAGAAGCCAAUGGCUUGACGUGGAUGUUUGACGAGGAGGAUGACGGCCACGAGGCCCGGAUGCAGGCCACAACGACUUCUGUGGAAAACAUGAGGAUCCAGGAUGAUGCAGAGGACGACUCGUCCGACGAUGAUGACGAAGACGGGCUUGUCAUGCGUGGCCUGAAGCGAGCCGAAGAAGGCUGGCUCGCCUAG